AUGGAAGAAUUCAAUGUAAGUCAUGUUGAUGAAAAGAAAAUCGAGGAAAUAAAAAAUGAAGGAAAUAAUAUGUUUAAAAAUAAAAAAUAUAAAGAAGCUAUAAACAUAUAUCUUAAGGUUCUUUCAUAUCUGUCCAAUGACUCAAACAAGGAAAUCGAAAUAAAAAAUAUCGUAAAAUAUUUUAAAAAAAAAAACACACAGCAUGAAAAUGAUGGAAAUGGUUCACCUUCACACUGGGAAAAUGUUAAAACAAUUUUUAUAAAGAUAUGUCAUAAUAUAUCAUUAUGUUACUACUUUUUAGAGGAAUUCGAAAAAUCUAUUGAGUAUUGCCUAUACAUUAAUGAUAUGGAUAUGAACCAUUCAAAAAGUUAUCACACAUUAGGUUUAUGUUAUGAAAAAUUAAAAGACUAUAAAAAAUGUAUAGCAUAUUUUGAUAAAUGUAAAACCAUAUUGUCUACCGAAAAAACAAAUAAAACAGAUGGGACUAAAGGUGAAAUAUACAGUAAUAAAGCAGAAAUAGAUAAAAUUAAUGAUAGAUUAAAAAUAAUAAUUAAACAAGUAGAGGAUAGUAAACAUGUAAAUACUACAACAUUAGAUACAAUUAAAAAUGUUAUUUUAGAUAAAAAUAGUACAGAAGAAAAUAAAAUAAAAAUGUUACAUUCUAUUUAUAAUCAAAAGUUCUAUUUACUUAUUAAAGAAAAUAUUUUUAAAUUUUUAUUCGAUAUCAUAAAUGAUAAAAAUAAUUAUAGUUUACGUGUAGAAAAAAAUUGUUUAUAUGUUAUAUAUAAAAUAUUAUCUAAAUUAGAAAGUGAAAAUAUGAGUAUUGAAAAAGAAAAAAUCAAAAAUACUAAAAGUUCAAAUAGCUGUAUUAGUACAUUAGAUGAUAUAAAAUUUAAAUAUUACUAUGAUGCGGAUUUUGUAAAGCUUCUCUUUUCUUUUAACGAACACUUUGAUGAAGAAUGGAUAAGUAAUUACAUUAAAAAUAAGACAAACAAGUUAGAAAAUCUUAACUUUGACAAGGAAAAAGAAAUAGAAAACAAGGAAGAUCCAUAUAACCUCACAACCGACACAUUAGUGUACAUAUUAAAUAUUAUAAAAUAUGUACAUGCCAUAAAUAAUGAAAAAAUAUUAAAAAUAAUAAAUCUUUAUUAUGCAAAUAGUGACAAUUCAACUUUGCAAAAUAAUGCAUUAAGUGUAAUUAUUUUCAUGUGUAAAAAAAAAAAAUUCUUUAUACAAUCCUCUAUUGAUAAGGAAAAAAAAGCAAGCACAAAAAAGUUUUUAGACACAUUAAAUGAAAAAUACAAUAUAGAUACAAAUAAUUAUGUUGUUGAUUUUCAUUUUUCGGAUUGUUAUAAAAAUCCAGUUUGCAUAAAUUCAGAGAUAAAAAAAUUAAUACAAAAUUUUAUAACAAUGUAUGAUAGCUUUCCUAAUGAUGUAGAAUAUUCUAUAAUUUUGCUUAUCACAUUGUUGAGCGAUCAAAAUAGACCUACUGAAAAAGAUACAGAAAUAGGUGAUUUAAUACAUGAGUGUGUAGAUUUAUAUUUUCAAAAUAAUGAAAUAAAGAUCGAAUGGUUUGUAUUUGUAAAAUGUUUAUUUUUAGUUGAUAAAGGUAUUGUUUUAAAUUAUUUAAUCGGGAAAACAGAAUAUAUACUUUGUAUUCUAACUUUUAUUAAUAAUUCUAUUGGUAGAGAAGCAAAAAAACAUAUAUCUCUUUACAUUGAUGUAUUGCUUCUACUUAUGAAUAUACCCGAGUUACGUUUUAUGUUAAGUAAUUAUAUUGAUGUAUAUGUAAGCAUUCUUAAAAUGCUAAACUAUGAUGAGAAUUUUUUAAAAUUGUUAAUUGGAGGAUUUAAACUAUAUAUGCAUAAUGCUGAUUUUAAGGAAAAAAUUGCAGAAAAUAUUGAUUUAUUUACAUAUUCAAAGGAAAUGCUAAAAGAAUUUCUUUUAAAUUAUAAUAGUCAAGAACAAAAUACUGAUCAAUGUUCUAGCACAUCUAAAGUCAAAAAAAAUGAAACAAAUAAUGAAAAACGAGAAGAUUCAAAUUUGAAUGAUCAAAAUUUAGAUAGCGAUUGUGCAAAAAAUAAAAAACGCUCUAAUAUAGCAUAUAGUGAUGAUGUACUAAAAGAUAUUAUUGAAAUGUUAUUUUAUCUUAGUUUGCAUAUAGAAUUUAAAAAACAAUUAUUGGAAGAAAAAAAUAAUUAUAUAUUAUUUUUUUUAAUAAAAGCAGGAGAGGAUAUAAAUAAAAAAAAAUUAGACAAUACAUAUAAAUACAUAUAUUGUAACACAAUUAAUAAUCUUAUUUUGACAAGAGAAGAUGAAAAACUUCGAAGAAGAGAAAUUAAUAAAACAAAUUUAGCAAACUUUGAUAAUGAACAAAUAGAAGCUUUAGAACAGUUUUAUAAUAAAUUGCCUAAUUCUGCUGGAGCAAAAAAUGAUCCAUUAUAUGAUUAUGGAGAUAAUGAAACCAGCAAAAAAAUAAUUAGUUUAUUAUUGUUUAGUGAAAAAUAUAAUAUGAAUAUAAAUAAAAAUAAUACUAUUUCAACUAUGGCUAAUAAUAAAUAUAAAAAUGGAACUAUUAUUAACACGAUUUACAAUUUUAUUAAUAAUAAUUUCUUCACAAAAAAUAUUGCUGAAUCAAUCUGUGAAAUAAUAUCUAAAUUUGUAAAAGACAAUAGUAAUAUUGGCAUUGUGCUUAUUAACAAUGGGUUAAAAGCUUUAUUAUUGUGUUCUAAGCAUAUUACUAAUAAAAAGAAUUGUUCUCUAGCAUUAUGUGAAAUAUUUAUAAAUACUAAUCCGAAACUAAUUCAUUUUUAUGAAGCUUAUGAUUCAUUACCAUUACUAAUUGACCAACUAAAUAAUGAUGAAGAAUUAUUAAUUUUUAAAUCAUUAAUGGCAAUUACUAAUAUAUUAACUAUUGAUGAAAAUGUGGCAAUAAAAGCUAUGAACCUAAAUUUAUGGGGAAAAUGUUUUGAUGCUUUAUCAUCGGAAAAUGAAUAUAUAAGAUCAGCGAGUUUAGAAUGUAUAUGUAAUUUAUGUUCUCAAACCCAUGUCCAUCAAUAUAUUUAUGAUAAAUAUCAAAAAAUUGUAAAACAAAAUGAAAAUUAUAAAGAAAUUGAUUUUGUAGAAAUACAAAUAAUAUAUGCCUUUACUAUGGAAUACGAUAAUUAUAAGGCUGUAUUUGCAUCUACAGGAGCACUGGGAAUGCUAUCAUCAGAUUUACGUCUUCCAUUUUAUUUAGUACAGACAAAAUCCUUUAAUCAAGUUUUUAACUCAUUCCAUAAAACUGAUGAUCAGAAUAUUUUAUUGAGAAUUUUAACAUUUUUUAAUAAUAUCAUACUAAGUGAAAACAUUCCUAUCGAUGUUAUUGACAAAAUAAAAAAAACGGUUAAGGAAAAAACUGGACUAAAUGAGGAAAAUACUCAAAUUGCCAAUUUGAUUCUUAAUUGA